UUACACAGUAGAUAGCUGUUGUAAAUUUACAGUACUUAAAUAUUUUAAGUUCUAUUUAUUAGAUAUGCAAUCAGAUCAAUGUGCAAGUCAAUCUUUUUUAUACAAACAAUGCUAAUUUCUUUGUGCAUGUAUACAUUUGAUUUCCUUGAGAAUCAGAAAGCCCAUAAAAGGCAACAUCACAAUAUCAACAAAGGAAAUGAUUCCCUAAAUAUGUUUGAUUCCAUUAAACUGUUUGAGCCUAAACAAGGUCAGUAGUGCAACAUCACUAAACAAUUGUCACAAAUAAUAAACAGUGAAUACAACAAUGUAGCAAUAUCAACAAGUCAGACAUUUGGGUAAAAAAACAACAACCCUAAAUAUCGAUGUUCUCGUGCCAGUAUCAACCCGAUACUGGUACUUGGUAUCGACAUGAUCGAUAUGUGUGUCGGGUUGAUAACCUGUCUGUGGCGUCCAGUGCAUCCAAAGUGCUGCUUUGGAAGAGUUGCGCUAACUUGCUCCGCCACCAUGAGAAGCAUCCGCAGGAGGACGUUGUGUUGGUGCUCGGUGCUCCUGGGACUGCUUGUGUGGGCGCUGUCAGAUCUCUUCAACGGCAGCACUCGGCGGGAAGCCGGCGGGACCCCGCAGCGCAUCCCCGGUCCACCGGGCGGCUCGCACCUGAUGGUUCAAUUCCGCCACGCAGCGUUGGAGCUGCUGGCGGACUCGGCCCCCAUCAACUCGCUUCAGGAGGACCAGCUGUUGUUCGUGGGCUCCACGCAGGGCAGCGAGAAGCCUCCGCACGAGAAGAAGUGGGGCUACAAGGUGCUCAAGGCAGCGAAGAAGCAGGACGCCAUGUUGCGUGACCAGGACGUGUCUCUGCCGGAGGUGCGACCACCCGAGUGUUUGGAGGAUAUGUACAGUGAGUCGCUGCCUUCUGCCAGUGUCGUCAUCUGUUUUCACGACGAGGCUUGGCCAACUCUUUUACGCACUUUGCAAAGUGUCCUCAACACAGCACCCAAAGACUUCUUGUUGGAGCUCCUCCUAGUGGACGACUUCAGUACUCACGACGAGCUGAGGACUGCGCUGAGUGAAUACUUGUCAGGAGUGAACAGGGUGCGUUUGAUUCGCAGCAGCAAGCGUCUGGGUGCGGGCGGCUGUCGCAGCCUGGGUGCAUCCAGAGCUUCGGGGGAGGUGCUGGUCUUCAUGGACUCCCACCUGGAAUGUCCCAGCGGCUGGCUGGAGCCACUCCUGGAGAGGGUGGCCCAGGACAGGACCAGAGUUGUUUCCCCCAUCAUGGAUGUGAUCCAUUGGCAGACCUUCCAGUACAACGCCACCCAGUGGCCGGUGCGGGGAGUGUUCAACUGGAAUCUGGACUUCUACUGGGAAUCCAAAGCCGAGCAGCCAGACUGGGACUCGGACUCGGCGCUUGAGCCUGUGCUGAGUCCAGCGUUAGGGGGCGGAGUCCUGGCCAUGGACAGACUCUUCUUCCACCAUGUGGGAGCCUACGAUCCCGGGAUUGUGCUGUGGGGAGGGGAACACCUUGAGCUGUCAAUCAGGGUGUGGUCAUGCGGGGGCUCCAUGGAGGUGGUCCCCUGCUCCCGUGUGGCCCACGUACACCACCAGCACCGCCCCCCUAAGCGUUUCCCAGACCAGGAGCAGCUGGAGAGGAACAAGAUCCGCAUAGCUGACGUAUGGAUGGAGGCGUACCGCAAGAUCUUCUACAGGAGGGACACUCUGGCUCAUUUCAUCAGGCAGUCUGAGAGCCCUAAUAUUACUGAGCGCCUGCUGCUCAAGAGGACUCUGGGCUGUCAGGACUUCCACUGGUACCUGAGUACAGUUUAUCCCCAACUUUACAUCCCCCAGGAUAGACUGGGACUGUCAGGCGAGCUGUACAACAUGGCGUCCGGCGGCUGUGUGGACCACCGCCCAGGCCAUGGUGGAGCCAUGAUCAUAGCGCCAUGCAGCGGUACAGGCAGCCAGCACUGCGAGCUGAACUCUCAAGGGGAAGUGCGAUGGGGCCCCACGGGGGCUUGGUGUUUGGACGCCAUCGAAGGACGGGUGGCCCUCUCCCAGUGCGCCAGCCACCGACCAAUCCGCAGCAGGCUCCAGUGGACCUUCCUCAAGCUGAGCGGCCAGCUGCAGCACCAGCACUCACACCUGUGUGUGGAGGCCGUCAAGGCCAGCGUGCCACCCAGCGUGCCACCCCACGGGGCGGGGGACCUCUUCUUGCGGCCCUGUACGCCUCAUCCUGCCCAACAGUGGCUCUUUGAGCAGCUGGUGUCUCCAUGACCACACACCAAUGGACUCCAUCUGCAACACCUGGGUGCUGUAUAUCUUUACAUAUUAUUACAUACUCAAGUAUGGACAAAAAGGAUGAGGCACGCCUACUAUUCAUCUCAUCCCAUUUUAGCGAUCUCUGACCUCUUUCCCACAAGCCUUUUCUAGCUGCAACUGCAUAACUUCCUCACCUGGUUUUACGGCUAGCAUCGUGGCCGACUGUCCCAUUAUUUUUGUCCAUAUUGUCGUACAUAUUACUGAUGUUAUGUGUUCCUGUUUUAGGGAUUAUUCUUUCUACUCUUAAUUUAAUAGACUAAUAAUACAUAAAUGGAAGCAGUGGUCACGCAGGACAUGUGUGUUUCUUUCAUAGAACACAGCAAAUACAGUAUAUGUACAAAAU